AAUCACGGUUAUGAAGAUGGAAGUGUGUUUUAUUUGCAAUGUUAAAACUGACGAAGAAAAUAGAAAUUUAAACGAAAUUCGAUCACAGCACACAAACACACGAAUAACUGAUGUGCUCCAAAAUAUGCUUGGUGACUUUAAAUCGAAACGAAAUAUCAAUGAUGAAUUCAACAGUGUCUGCUGUGAUUGUCUUAACCGAAUCGAUGAAUAUGAUUGGCUUUGUGUUAUGGCCAAGAAGCAAGAACAAGAAUUACGAGCCCUCCUCUUCCAAACUGAAUCCAUACACGAAGCUAAGCUCAUUGAAACCAACAACAAUGACAUAUUCGCACACCGAAAAGAUGAUAUUUUAUCACCAGAAAUUCACGAAUCUGUACGAAAGACUCGGUCUACGAUACCAAAACAAAUGCAUAAUGCCGGCCGAAGUAAUGAAAAUGACUGGAAUGUUUUACACAAAUUUGAUGAUUACAGUGAAGAUGAAAGUGAAGUAUAUGACAGCAGCAACAGCGAUGAGGAAUACAUGCCAACGAAAAUAACAAAAAGAAAAACAUUAUCUAGAAGGGCACUAUCGUUAUCCAAUCGAGUAGUCAGUGAUAGCGCUGAUGGCAAUGAGGACGUUCCAAACAAAAUUCAAACUGAAUCUUCGAAUGCGACGGAUCAGUGUGAAUCACAUGAAUGCUUGAGAUGUGGUCAGAUAUUCAAGAGCAAAAUGGAUUUGAUGAACCACAGACUAUGUCGAAACCGACAGCUAGAACCACUGGAAAAGACCUAUCAAUGCAACAUAUGCUCAUUUUUUCUGAAUGACCAAGAAUCAUUUGAUGAUCACAUGAAACAACACGAAGACAAAUCAUCGCCAUUUGAAUGCGUUAUUUGCAAUAAAUCUAUGUCAUCGAAAGGCGUUCUAACGAGACAUAUGAACGUUCAUAUUGGCAACGUUUCGGGCGUGUGUGAGAUCUGUGGCAAAUCAUUUAUUCAUCAAAGUUCACUAGAAACACAUAUGAAAUUCCAUAAAAAUAUACGAACAAAAAAAUGCCCAGAUUGUCCAAUGACAUUUGUCACAACGUCUCAUUUACGACAACACCUUCAAACCCAUAGGAAAGAUAAACCAUACACAUGUAACAUUUGUGGCAAUCAGUUUGGAUACCUAGGCAACUUGAAAGCGCAUGAGAAAUUACAUUUGGGAACCGAUAAAAUUCAUAAGUGUUCGCAAUGCGAUACACAAUUUGCAAGGCGCUCCAAACUAAUGCAACAUAUUCAGCAGCAGCAUUAAUUUUAUUGUUUAUAAACCAUAAAUUAGUUAAUCUCAAAAUGUUCCAAUAGUAAAUAAAAC